AUGCAAGUUUCCUUUUGCACAAAAAGGUCCCACCUCACUGCGUCAAUAUUAGAAGGUGGAUUAAAGCCCUUCGAGAGAGCCAGAGGGUCGUCACUUUUCGAGCAUAUGGCAAAGAAUGAGAGUGCAUUGACGGAAUUCAACGAGAUGAUGGUUAACCACACAUCAUUACUAAUGAAGAAGUUAGUAAAGACUUACAAUGGUUUCGAGAGUCUAAGUGAUGGCGUUUUGGUAGACGUAGGAGGCGUGGAACACGUUGGUGGUGAUAUGUUUGAUGCAGUUCCACAAGGUCAUGCCAUAUUACUGAAGUGGAUACUUCAUGAUUGGAGUGACGAACAAUGUGUGGAGAUAUUGAAAAAUUGUAAGAAAGCAUUACCGAAAGACGGGAAAGUGAUUAUAGUUGAAUCAAUAAUGCCGCGAGAAAUAUCAGAAACUGAUCUAGCAACCAAAGUUAUAUUACAUAUGGAUGUGGUAAUGAUGGCUAAAACGAUUGGAGGCAAAGAGAGAACCAAAGAAGAAUUUGAUUAUUUGGCUAUGGAAGCUGGUUUCAAGCUCCCAAAAAUCAGUUAUGGCGCUUAUGCUAAUUGGAUCCUUGAAUUAUAUAAAGAGGAGUGA